GAGUAAAAAGGGUGGAAGAGAAGCCCCAAUCAGGCGACAAGAAGGUUCAUCAAAACCCUUGGAUGCCAGAGAAGCGCCUCUCUCUCUCUCCCGCCUCCGCUGUCAGCAAAGUCUCCGAUCCCCAACCGUCCGAUCCUUUCCCCAUCAUCUCUCCCCUUCCCUGGCAAUUCCUGAUACAAUCUGGUAGCAGGAGGGCGAAUCCGGAGCUUCGGCCUUCCGUACGGCUUCUUCCGUCACUGCCGCUGGAUUCGUUCCAUGAUGAGCAGCGGCGAGCUGCAGAGGAAGGUGGCCCAGGCAGUGCACGUCCUCAACCACGACGGGGAGUCCUGCAACCGGGUGGCGGCCAACCAGUGGCUGGUCCAGUUCCAGCAGUCCGACUCUGCCUGGGAGGUCGCCGCCUCCAUUCUCACCUCCACCACCGCCCCCUCUGACUUUGAGGUCGAGUUCUUCGCUGCCCAAAUACUUCGCCGCAAGGUUCAAAAUGAAGGCUAUUACUUGCAGCUGGCUGCCAAAGACGCCUUGCUCAACGCACUUAUUCUCGCUGCGCAACGCUUCUGCUCGGGACCCGCACAGCUUCUAACCCAGAUAUGUCUCGCACUUUCUGCUCUCAUUCUACGGUCAAUUGAGCAAAGCAUGCCCAUUGACCAGCUCUUCUCCAGCUUGCACCAGCAUGAGACCCAGGAGAAUGGGAACCUUGCAGUGCUAGAGAUGCUCACUGUUCUCCCUGAGGAAGUAGUAGAGAACCGAAAUUGGGAUUGCAAUAUUAGCACAGAGAAAAGAAGCCAAUUCACACGAGAGCUCCUCUCUCAUACUCCCACUGUUCUUCAGUUCCUUUUGCUUCAAUCGGAGCAAAGAUUAGACAAUGAGAUUAAGCUUCAAGAGAAAAACAGGAGGGUAUUACGAUGCUUGCUUAGUUGGGUACGUGCGGGAUGCUUUUCAGAGAUUCCACCUGCUUCCUUACCCACACAUCCACUACUUAGCUUUGUAUUCAAUUCCUUGCAGGUUUCAUCCUCAUUCGAUGUGGCUGUUGAAGUUUUAAUUGAGCUAGUUAGUCGGUAUGAAGGCUUACCACAGGUCUUAUUGAUUAGAAUACAAUAUUUAAAAGAUGUGCUUCUGAGAUCAGCUAUUCUUAAUAAAGAUGAGAAAAUAAUUGGUGGCCUUGCAUGCUUGAUGUCUGAAAUCGGACAAGCUGCACCAGCUCUUAUUGCAACAGCUACUGCUGAGGCACUGACACUUGCGGAUGCACUCUUGAGUUGUGUGACUUAUUCUAGCUGUGACUGGGAGAUUGCAGAUUCAACCUUGCAGUUCUGGUGCUGCUUAGCAAAUUAUCUUCUGGGAGUAGAUUUUCAAAAUGCAAAUAGGAAAACUGUGGAAGACAUGUUCUUCCCUGUGUUCUCAGCAUUGCUAGAUGCAGUGUUAUUGCGUGCCCAGGUUGUUGGUACUGGAUCAGACAAUGGUGAUAGCCUAGACAUACCCGAUGGGUUGGUUCACUUCAGAUUGAACCUUGAGGAACUUUUGAUUGAUAUCUGUCAAAUUCUGGGUCCUGCUGCUUUCGUUCAGAAGCUUUUCUCAAUUGGAUGUCCUUCCUUUGAUUCAUUUGUCCAUUGGGUAGAAUUUGAAGCUAGAAUGUUUGCCUUGAAUGUGGUUGCAGACACGGUUGUCCGAGGUAGAGAUUCAAUUGACUUCUCAAUGGUAAUGCAGCUGGUAUCUAUUCUAUCAAGUAAAGCAUCCGAUGGGCAUGAUGACUUUUUUUUCUUUGUGUACAAAGCUGUAGCAGAGGUUGUUGGUUCCUACUCUAAGUGGAUAUCUUCUCCCUCAGCCAACAUCAGAGUACUGCUUCUAUUUUGUGCCUCGGGGAUUCAAAAAUCAAUUUCUUCAAAUGCUUGUUCCUCAGCAUUGCGUAAGCUUUGUGAAGAUGCUUCAGCAGUUAUGCAGGAUCUACAAAAUCUUGAAGUUUUGAUCUGGAUAGGCGAGGACUUGGAGAAAUGGAAUCUUUCAUAUGAAGAGGAAGAGGAAAUUGUUAGUGCAAUAACUCUUACACUCAAUACAAUUGUUAACAAGGAGCUGAAGAAGAGUUCACUGUCUAGAUUACUUUCUUCUAGCUACAAAGCCAUUGAGAAACUUGUAGAUGCCGAUAGUCAGCAACUUUUGAAGCACAAUCCUUCUGCAUAUGCACAAUCUUUGAGUUCUGCUGUGAGGGGUUUAUAUAGGAUAGGAUCUGUUCUUGGUCAUCUAGUGACUCCUCCAGCCGAUCAAGUUGAGGAUGAUACGAUUUUGAUUCUUCUUGGAGUAUUUUGGCCACUUCUAGAAAAACUUUUUGGGUCAGCCCACAUGGAAAGUGCUGGUUUAUCUGCAGCAGCCUGUCGAUCACUUACUCUAGCCGUGCAUUCUUCAGGUCAACAUUUUUUGAUGCUACUCCCCAAAAUUUUAGAUUGCUUAUCUACAAAUUUUUUAUUGUUCCAAACUCACGACUGCUACAUAAGAACAGCUACUGUUGUUAUUGAAGAAUUUGGUAAUAUAGAAGAAUAUGGACAAUUAUGCAUUAGCACAUUUGAGAGAUUCACCUCGGCAUCAUCAAUAACAGCUCUCAAUUCUUCUUACAUAUGUGACCAAGAACCUGACUUGGUUGAAGCUUACAAUAACUUCGCAUCAAUAUUUGUCCACUGCUGUCCCAAGGAUGUUGUUGCUGCAUCUGGGCCCCUACUUGAAUUGUCAUUCCAAAAGGCUGCAAUAUGUUCCACAGCCAUGCAUCGUGGGGCAGCAUUUGCUGCAAUGUCAUACUUGUCCAGUUUCUUGGAGGUCAGUUUCAUAUCUUUGUUGCCAUCUUUGGCUUGUAUGACAGAAGUAUCAUUACAUGCAGUAGUAAUUCGUAUAUUAUCACAAAAUGGGGAAGGUCUUGUAUCUAAUGUUGUAUAUGCUCUUCUUGGUGUGUCAGCAAUGUCAAGGGUACACAAGUCUGCAACAAUUUUGCAGCAAUUAGCAGCAUUUUGCAGUCUCUGUGGGAAUAGUGCAUGGAAAGCAGUUCUUUGUUGGGACACUCUCUGCGGUUGGUUGCAGUCAGCAGUGCAGUUUCUCCCUUCAGAGUAUCUGAAGCAAGGUGAGGUAGAAAGUAUCGUACCAUUAUGGCUGAAGGCCCUGUCUAGUGCAGCCUCAGAUUAUAUUGAGAGCAAGACCAGUAAAACUGGUACAAGUGAUCAUGGCCACAUGCUAGGUAAAGGGGGGAGAACUCUCAAGCGCAUCGUUAGAGAUUUUGCUGACAGGCAUCGUAAUUUUCCAAACCCUACAUAAUUGACUGCAAAAAACUUCAAUUCUUUUUGCCCUUUUAUGGCCUGUGAAACGGGAAGUGUAAAUUGGAGGAUUAUAGCCAGGUCCAUUCUGACAUUCAACAGAUGGUAUUUGUUGGCUGUGUAAUCAGAUUUUGUAGACUGGAUAUUUAGUGCUAAGAUUUUGCCCAAGGGGGCUUGUAUUUCCAGAAGGUAUAUCUGACUGGUUGCAGAUUUGAGCCAACUGAUGGGAUUUUUCAAAACUCCACAAAAUUAGUUUAGCUCAAGUGUAUUCUGAAUGGUAUUGCUACUCCAGAACUGGAUGUCAAAGAUUCAACAUCACGUAACGGUAAAGAGAAUAAUGCAUCGGUAUGAAGGGAACUGUAAUGGAUUUUGGGAUAAUUUUUUUUUUGUCAGAUAAUGUUACAAAUGCUAUGUUACGCCUUGUAAUUCUAGUUUCCUUUAUUGUUCAUGAACACCUUGAUGGUGCUUGUAUUUGUAAAGAGUUUCAAAUAAAUGCGAUGUGGAACGGAUUAGUACCC